AACAAAAUUAAUCUGUGGGUGGGUAACAUGAUUGAUGAUGAUGAUAUGAACCAGUUUAUAUCUUCUUUCGGUUAAAGCAACCAACAACUUACUGCAUAAAUCGCCACCACCACCACAACUGUCCACAAACCACCUCUCAGCUCAGGCUAAGGAAUCAUGUUUGGGAGUACGAGUGGAUGGACUUUGUCAUUGCAGCUUUUACUCGUUUGUGCAGUUUUAUUGAGCUGUACGGAGGAUAGCAAAGCAGGGCUUACUAGUACUUUUAUACGUAAGCAAUGGCCGUCUAAAGACAUUCCUCUUGAUAAUGAAGUAUUUGCAGUUCCUAAAGGUCAUAAUGCGCCUCAACAAGUGCAUAUUACCCAAGGUGAUUAUGAUGGGAGGGCAGUCAUAGUUUCAUGGGUUACAACUGAAAUUCCUGGACCAAGCAAAGUGCAAUAUGGGAAGUCUGAGGAACAACUCCAGUGGAGUGCUGAGGGAACAAUCACAAACUACACAUUUUACCAGUAUAAAUCUGGCUACAUUCAUCAUUGCCUUGUCGAUGGUCUUGAGUAUGACACCAAAUACUACUACAAGAUUGGAAUGGGUGAUUCUGCUCGAAAAUUUUGGUUUCACACACCUCCAAAGAUUGAUCCAGAUGCUGCUUACACUUUUGGAAUUAUUGGUGAUUUAGGCCAGACCUAUAAUUCUCUUUCAACCCUCGAGCAUUAUAUGCAAAGUAAAGGACAGGCAGUGCUAUUUCUUGGAGAUCUUUCUUAUGCGGAUAGAUAUACAAAGAACGACAUUGGUAUCAGGUGGGACUCAUGGGGCCGCUUUGCUGAGCGUGUCGCUGCAUAUCAGCCAUGGAUUUGGACAGUUGGAAACCACGAAAUCGAUUACAUGCCUGAGCUGGGAGAAGUUCGCUCUUUCAAGAAUUUUAUGCAUAGAUACACUACACCUUUCCUGGCUUCAAAGAGUAGCGAGCCUCUUUGGUAUGCAAUCCGACGUGCUUCUGCUCAUAUUAUAGUACUAUCAAGCUAUUCUCCAUUCGUGAAGUACACCCCUCAAUGGUGGUGGCUCCAAGAAGAACUUGCCAGAGUGGACAGAGAGAAGACACCUUGGCUUAUUGUUCUUAUGCAUGUACCUCUUUACAACAGUAAUGAAGCGCACUUCAUGGAGGGUGAAAGUAUGCGUGUCGCGUUUGAGAGUUGGUUUGUACAAUAUAGAGUUGAUUUCAUCUUUUCCGGCCAUGUUCAUGCUUACGAAAGAUCAUAUCGAAUUUCCAACAUCAACUACAAUGUAUCAGCUGGUGAUCCUUAUCCCGUGCCUGACAAGUCAGCUCCUGUUUACUUAACCGUUGGUGAUGGAGGAAAUCAAGAAGGUCUUGCAUCAAGGUAUAAGGAUCCACAACCAGAAUAUUCUGCAUUCAGGGAAGCCAGUUAUGGUCAUGCUACUUUGGAGAUAAAGAAUCGUACGCACGCAUUGUACCAUUGGAACCGCAAUGAUGACGGCCAAAAAGUAACAACAGAUACUGUUAUGUUCCUCAAUCAGUACUGGGCAAGCCAUUUGCAUAGGAGAAGAAGGAGACUCGAGAAAAGAGGUUUGAAAAGCUUCACUGCCUCAUAUUAAUACAGCAAUCUUAACAUGGUCUACUCCAGAAGGUUAUAAUUUGGUUUGCUAGUGGUGGAAGAAGAAGAGCAUAAAUACAUUUGCAUACUGAGCAACAUGUUUUUUCCAAUUGAUGGAAAUAAUUGAAUCUGGAUGUUGUAUCAUGUUAUAAAUCCUCUGAAGUUUGUGUGUGGAUAUCCUCUACCUGCUCUUCUGCUUAUAGGAUUGCAAAAUCCUUGUGGGUUCCCCGAUAAUAUUGCAAACUAGUUUAAUGUACUUUCCUUGUAGAUCAGUAGUCUUCAGUUCUUUAAGGAGUCCGUUAGGUCCAAAAUAUGUUGUGCAUUUAUGUAUUUGUGAUUGAAGUAUUCUGAAUAAGAAAUUGUUUUAUGUGAACAUGAAUCACAUGAUGCUAUUGAUGGUGGCGAA